UCAUUUAACGCAGUUCAAAAACUCAUUUUUAAUUUCAUAUUUUCAUCUACUAACAAUAUAAGCAAGUUUUUCACAGAAACACCAAAAUUUUUCAUGUUUUUGUCAAAAAAAAUCUAAUUAUUUACUGAUAAGAUCAAAUAAAAUUACGUUCCAAUAACGGGUAACAAACCCUACCGAGCAUAUAUAAGUACGAGCUGUCAAAUAUAUAGGGACAGUCUUCUUAAAAUAUUUAACUUUGUGAAAAAAAAAUUUAAACGUCAAUGAUUCCCAAAUUAUGCUUUGUAUUAAUACUACUCUGGCAAUGUCAUGUUAUUUGGACCGCUCGCACAGUAGUCGCAGAAAAUAUAAAUAUUUGUGAAAAUGUAGCUGAUCAUAUAUUCCUACAAGAUAUCGAGAAUUGUCGUAAAUAUUAUGUAUGUAUUGAUGGCCAGCCCAGAUCUCAAGAAUGCAGAUCGGGUCUAUAUUUCGAUGCAAGUCGUCAAGCUUGUAUUGCCUCUCAGCAAGUUUGCCUAAAAUGUCCCUCUAGACAAAUGUUAAAUCUGCCUCUAGUUAAAACUUGUAACAAAUAUAUUUCCUGCUAUUAUGGUCAAGCUACAUUAAGGAAAUGUGAAGGAAAUCAGCAAUUUAAUGUUAAAACGGGAAAAUGUGAUUGGGCGAAAAAUGUAGACUGUGUUGAAAAUCACUGUUCGAUUCAUCCGCUCAACAGUGAGUUAGUGUAUGUGCCCAGUGCUGCCAGUUGUGAGAAGUAUUAUCUGUGUAUGUCUGGCAAGGCUAAAGCCUUGACUUGUGCUGCUGGUUUAUAUUUUAGUACAAAGUGUAAUUGUUGUGAUAGAACGGAAAAUGUUCAAUGUUUGAUCGAUGACAAUGAAUCCACAUUGGAAAAAAACAAAGAAAAACGCUUCUCUCAUAACUAUUCGAAAACAUUACAUAAGCCUACUAUCAUAGGAGAAACCAAUACCAUAAUAUGCCCUAGCAAAGGCCUUUUUGUAUAUCAAUAUAUUGAAGAUCCCGAAAAAUACAUUACCUGUGUUGAAGGCAAGGCUACCCUGUACUCUUGUGCUGAUGGUUAUCAAUUCGAUGACAAACAAAAACGUUGUGUUAAUAAGAACAUUGAGCAAGACAUAUUGAGUAAUAAUGAUCAUACAAAUGGAACAGAGUUAGUACAAUGUCCUGAACGAGGUGCCACAAUUUUGCCACAUACUAUAGAAAGCAAAUAUAUAUUGUGUGUCAAUGGUAAUGCCACCGUUUAUGAUUGUCCCGAUGAUCAUUACUUUGAUGCAAAAGAUAGUCAUUGUCACAGCUCAUGGGAGGUUGAGCGCAAUCGGCAGCUCUCUAGAUAUGGAGCGGUGGUUGAUGAAGUUGCUGCUAUUGUUUGUCCAAAAUAUGCCACUUUCACGUUUCCCCAUGUCGAAAGGGAAAAGUUCUAUUUGUGUCUUGAUGGCAAGGCUACAGUUUUUGCCUGUGCUGAAGGUCAAUUCUUUGAUAUCAACGAACAUGGAUGCGUUAUGAAACCUAUAGAGGAAGAGCUGAAUACAGCCGAAGAAUUAGCAGAAAUAGAGGAAAGUGACAACUUAAUGGUCACAACUACAAAAAGAUUAGGGGAAGCAGCAUUUGAUUUGGAUUUCAGUCCGCAGUCGAUAAAAUGCCCUCCAACUGGUAGCACCACUUUGCCGCAUGUUUUAAGAAAUCAAUACUAUUUGUGCCGAGAAGGAAUUGCUGCUGUUUUCAUCUGUCCUCAGGGUCUGUUAUAUGAUGCCAAAUUAAAAACGUGUACCGAGUAUUUGGCAAAUAAUGAAAUAUACACCCCCGCCUUGGACAAUGAUGCAGCCAAUAUAAUGUGUCCUAGAUUUGGUACCUUCAAAUUUCCCCAUUUAAAUAAAACUCUAUACUAUUUAUGUACCGAUGGCAAGACCUAUACAUUGGCCUGUGGUCCUAAGGAAAUUUUCGAUGCAGACAUAAAUAUUUGUCGAGAGGAUGAAUUAGAAGACAUGCCUUGGGCCAAUGAAAAUGCUACACAAAAUGUAACUGAAAUGGCAAAUGAAAAUGCUACACAAACUGUAACUGCCGUGGCCACUGAAAUCGCCAGCAAUGUUAUAUGCCCGAAAUUUGGAACCUUUAUUUACCCACAUAGCCAACGCAAUCGUUAUUAUGUUUGUAUUGAUGGCAAUGCUAUUGGUUUUAUCUGUGCGGAGGGACAAUAUUUUGAUACCAAAACAAAUGCCUGUCAAAGGCCGAGUAAAACCGAAGAAAAUGAAGACGAUGAGAGGCCCGUUGUUUUAGAUGAACCAAUUAAUAUCUUGUGUCCAUCGGUGGGAGCUAUGAAAUUUGCCCAUGAGGAAAGACAUAAAUUUUAUUUGUGUGUUAAUGGCAUGGGCUCAGUUUUAGCCUGUGCUAAGGGUAGUUUCUUUGAGGCCGACUCAGGAGCUUGUCGUAGAACGUUUCCAUUAGUUAAUAAUAUGAAUGAAACUACUGAAGAAAAUGACGCAUUGGCAUCGAUUAAUGCUACAACAGUCAAGUGCCCCUUAUCGGGUACUUUUAUUUAUGCCCAUGCUGAACCUAAUCAAUACUACGUUUGUCUUGAGGGCAAAGAAUUUGUUUUAUCUUGCCCGGAUGGUUAUAUUUUUGAUAACACGGAGAAAAAUUGUCGAACCCCAGUGCAAAGUGAAAAAGUUGAAAUUAAAGCUCCUCAAGUUUUAGAUGAAACUGUAAAUAUAAUGUGUCCAGCUUCGGGAGCCCAUAAAUAUGCACAUAUUGAGAAAAAUAAAUUUUAUUUGUGCAUUAAUGGCAUGGGUUCUGUUAUGGCCUGUCCAGAUGAUAGUAUAUUCGAUAAUGAAACCGGCAGUUGUCUAAGAAUGAAAGCAACUAUUCAGAACUCUAGUCUAGAAUUAGAAGAUAAAAAUAACACUGACAUUGAGAAGGAACUCCUUCCAAACAAGACGACAUCAGAACCUAUGGAAACUUCCAACAUUACCUGUCCCAAAUUCGGCACAUUCCUUUAUCCGCACGAAGAGAAAAAUAAGUAUUUUAUUUGUCUGGACGGUAGUGCUAUAGAAUUUACCUGUGCUAAAGGUUUACUUUUUGAUGCUUCAAAAAAUCUUUGUGUUCAAGACGCCGCAGUAGAAAACAAUGAAAUUAAUUGUCCUGACCAUGGAACUGAUAUGUUGCCCCAUAAAGAAUCAAACAAAUUUUACUUGUGCAUUAAUGGUAUUGCUAUAAUACAAAGUUGCGCGGCCGGUGAUAGCUUUGAUGUCGAAACGAAAACUUGUCGGGAAACGUUAACAAUAUCAUCAACAUUGGAGGAAACGGUGAACGGAAAUUGUCCCUUAAAUGGAACAAAAAAACUUCCAUAUCUGGCUGAUUCUAAUAAAUUUUAUUUAUGCAUAGAAGGCAAGGCCACAAUUCACAGCUGCGCUAAGGGUAAUUACUUUGAUGCCGUGACGGAAACUUGUCAUGAAACAAUGACGGAUUCAAUACUUGAAAUUAAGGAUGAUAUAGCUUUAACUGAUCCGGUUAACAAUAUAUGUCCUCCUCUAGGAACUGCGCUGAUAGCUCACAUUGAUAGUAAUAAGUUUUACCAGUGCAUUGAUGGCAUUGCCACCCUACAAAAUUGUGCCAUGGGUGACUACUUUGAUCUUGAAACCCAAACAUGUAGAGAAUCAACUCUUAGCAAUAUGUGUCCUCCACAAGGAACGGCUCUAAUUCCUCACACUGAUAGCAAUAAAUUUUACCAAUGCAUUGAUGGCAAUGCCGUCCUACAGAGUUGUGCCACUGGUGAUAUCUUCGAUGUAGAAACUCAAACAUGCCGUGAAACUUCAAAUAUUAUAAAUCCCAGAAUUAAGUGCCCUGAAGUAGGAACUUUUGUUUAUCCUCUACCACAAAAGAACAUAUUCCAUGUAUGCUCUGAUGGUAAGGCACGAACUGUAUAUUGUGGCGAGGGAGAUAUAUUUGAUGUUGAAUUAAAUGUCUGUCGUGAAGUAGUUAAAGAAACUUCUAUUGUGGAGAAUAUUUCCAUAAGUCAAGAAAUUCCCGAGAAGUACGUAGAAGUCGAAUCCCAACACAUCCUUGAAGCAGACAUGAACAAACAAUCACAACCAGCAAACUAUAUAAGACAAAAAUAUUUCCGAAAACUUUUGAGUCGUUUAAAACUAAAAAGAGUGAAAAUGCAACUCUUUAUAUUAUUGGUAGCCUUUUUGAUAGGUUCCUCAACAGCUUACACUAAUGACAUCAAUAUAUGUCAAGGAGCUGUUGACAAUUUAUUCCUACCAGUACUCAACAAUUGCUCAGCUUAUUAUGUGUGCAUGGAUGGAACACCUCUAGUUCGGGUUUGCCGAGAAGGUUUCCUUUUCGAUGCCAAAACUCAAUCUUGUACAUUACCUGGAGAAGCUCAAUGUAUAAAGAACUGUACCUCAUCCUUGUCUUCAUUCUGUUAUGAUCGUACUUGCACCAAAUAUGUACUCUGUUAUGCCAACACUCCGGUCGUGCGUGAAUGCUGUGAUGGUCUCCAGUACAAUGCGGAAACAGAUCGUUGUGAUUUUCCUCAAUAUGUUGAUUGUGUAGAUGAUAUGUGCACCAUAUUUAAUGAUCCCAAAAAUAUAACAUUCCUGGCUAGUAAGGCCGCCUGUGAUAAGUACUAUGUCUGCAUGGAUGGUUUGACUUAUGCCCGGAAUUGUUCAAAAGGUUUGCAAUUCAAUCCAGAAUGUAAUUGUUGUGAUUUUAAGUCCAGAGUUAAUUGUUCUAUUCCCGCUUUACAACGUAAUAUUAUUCCCCUUUCAAAAGCUCCUCCCCGUGCGGCUGAUAUUAAAUGUCCUCAAGAAGGUGUCAAUUUUUAUCCCCAUGCUCAAGAAGAUAAAUACUAUUUUUGCUUGAAAGGUCGUGGUGUCAUUAUGGAUUGUACACCUGGUUUGGUUUUUGAUCCCAAUGUUCAAGAAUGCCGUGAAAAGAAAAAUAUUUUAAAAAAUUAAAAAAAAAAACGUUUUAAACUUCUCUUAAACACACAGUAAUGACAUCUUUUAUUAUUUUAACGCUUAAAUAAUUUUCGCACGCUAUUUAUUAUAUCCUUCAUCUUCGUUAGAAGGGUAUACAUAUGUAUAUAAAUUUAUCUUCCGUUUGUAAUUUUUAUAAGACGAUUUAGCCAGGUCCGUCUAUAUAUUCUUACUUUUCGAGACAAAAUCUUAACAUUUUCAAUAAACGAAAUUCUCUUUAUUUAUUUCUCUUCAAUGAUUUUUUGUUUUCCCAAAUAUACUGAAAAUACAUUUUGUGCGAGCACUCACUCAAUCUUUACGAAAACAUAAUUUUAUAAAUAAAUAUUUCAUUUAUUCAGUAUUGAAAA